GUUGGCGAGCUGCCCUCAGGCGCGCACGGAGCGCACCGCUGCGCUUCGCAUCUCCCUCAGGCUCCGCCUUUCCCCUCCCUCCGCCAUUCGUCGCCCUUCUCGCCGAGUUUGCGCGGAGUAGGCCUUUUUUUUUUUUUUUUUUUUUUCUUUCCCCUUUUUUUUUUUUUUUCCCCUUUCCCUCAGCGCGUCUCGGCUUCCCCACCAUUUUGUGCCGCGAUCACAAGGUUAGCUGUGGGAGCGCGCCGUAACCUCCCUCGCGUUCGGGCUCGCAACGGGACCUCGAAGGGGCCUUGAUGGCGGAGAGUCAAUCAGCGGCCGGGCUGGGGGAGCUGACAUCCCCCGGAGGGGCCGCAGCGCUCGGCUCGGAACCCGAAACCCGGCGGCUGAGCGAGCUGCGGGUCAUCGAUCUGCGGGCAGAGCUGAAGCGCCGUAACCUGGACACGGGCGGCAACAAGAGCGUACUGAUGGAGCGGCUGAGGAAGGCUAUUGAGGACGAAGGAGGAGAUCCGGAUGAAAUUCCCAUGGCUUCAGAACUGACCAACAAGAGGCUGUCAAAAAGAAUGAGCAAAGGUACAGGGUGCAAAUACAGCGUCUUCAUUUUG